AUGCUCAAACGGCGCAAACUCAUGAAAAAGACGCUCGGCGAACGUAAACGUGCGCAACUUCGUGAACUUUUCGAUGCGCUCGACGCCGACGGUGGCGGUGAGGUUGAAUUCUCAGAGUUCGUCACGACGUGGCAGAUGAUUGGCGGUCGAGACGCGGCGUCGAUGCGAGUCGCCCGCGAGCUCUUCGCCGCGAUAGACGUUGAUGGCUCGCAAUCCAUGGACUUUGACGAAUUCGCGCUGCUGAUGAGCGAUCUCGACAGUCGGCACGUUCUCGGCGGCGGCGCGAACGACGACCGAGGAGCGUUGUUUCGGCAGGCGGCGGCGGCGCUGCAGACGCGCCGAGCGAUAUCAGACUUCAUCUCGUUUUGGGGCACCGCAUCGGGCGGCGCGCACCGGUGCUGA